AUGAACCUGAGAAACUCAAUCUGGAUAUCAUCUUGCUAUUUCUAUUCGCUUUGGACCUUUUCUAACCAAGCUGUCUUCUGCCAAAAGUCAUAUCAAACCUCAAAGGAUGUUUUUGACUAUAUAGUAGUGGGUGGUGGACCUGGUGGACUGGCAGUGGCAUCUCGAUUGUCUCAACAUCCCAACAUCAAAGUGCUAGUCCUUGAGGCUGGCGGUGAUGGACUCAAUAACACGGCAAUCUCUGUUCCUGGUCUCUUCAUUAAUGCGGUUCUUAGUCCAGUGGAUUGGAACUAUACAACUAUUCCACUUGAGAAGGCCGGUAAUCAGUCUCUCAUCUACCCAUUGGGAAAAGUUUUGGGUGGUACAUCAGCGCUCAAUCAUCUCGUCAGUAGCAAAGCAUCCAGAGCAGAUUAUGACGCCAUAGAACAAUUAGGCAAUCCAGGCUGGGGAUGGACUGAGUUUGACAAAGCUUCUAAAGAGUCCGAAAAGCUACUAUUUCCAAACGAACCCAAUAACUUUAGCUUCAUAGCUGAACAGCAUGGACUUCAUGGACCAGUAAAGAAUUCAUUUCCUAAAUAUUUCCCUCCAACAUUCCCAAAUUAUUUCCCUGCAGUUAAAGAAUUACACCAUCAACCAGCUCUGGUGGAUGGAUUUGGUGGAUAUGUUGAAGGCCCUUAUGUCUAUCCUUCAACCAUCGACGAGAAUGCGGAAAGGGUGACUAGCGCCACUGCCUAUUAUUUCCCUUUCAAAUCUCGACCAAACCUGGUGGUCAGACUUAAUUGUGAAGUCGACAGAUUGUUGACUUCAAAGUCUUCAAAUGGAGACGUGAUCAUCAAAGGUGUCAGAUAUGACUCGCUUGGCUCGACAUACCACGUCGAAGCUCGUAAAGAGGUCAUCUUGAGUGCAGGACCCAUUGGCUCACCCGCCAUAUUGGAGCGUAGUGGAGUAGGCGAACCUGCGACCCUCGAAAAACUCGGUAUCCCCAUUUUGAUUGAUCUACCAGGCGUGGGCUCUAACUUGAUGGAUCAUCCGCUUGCCUGGACUGUCUUCCAACUAAGUCCUGGUCAAAUUUCAGCUGAUGACUUUUCAAGAAAUUCUACUUUUGCACGUGAAGCUUGGAACUUGUACAGAGAUCAUAGAGAAGGAAUUCUCACACAUGAGGAAAUUGCUGAAGGAUUAGAAUACCUUCGGACCAACACAUCUAGCUUACCUGAAAGUAUUCUCGAGACGGUGAAGGAGAGGAUACUGAAUGGCACUCCCAUCGAAUUUGUGCUCAUAAAUCAACGUUCGUUGAAUAUGCAACCCUCUGCCAAUGCUUCAUAUAUCUCGAAUUUAAUUGCUCUGCAAUAUCCUUUAUCGCGUGGCACAUCUCAUAUCAGCAGUCGUGAUCCAAGAAAACCACCCCUAAUUGAUACCGGAUUUUUCCGGCAUCCGUUCGAUCUUUGGCUUCUUUCGAAGGCAUCGAAGCACGCGAGAGCCAUCAUGAAAAGUCCAUCGUGGAGUUCGAUCAUUUCAAACGAACAUCUUCCAGGUCCGCAAGUCAACACUGACCAAGAAUGGCGCCAAUAUGUGACAAAUAGCGCCGGCACUGUUUUUCAUCCGGUGGGUACGGCUGCAAUGUUACCACGAGAGCUUGGUGGUGUGGUGAAUCCUGACUUACAAGUUUAUGGAACGCAAAGGUUGAGAGUGAUUGAUGCAAGUAUCAUUCCUAUGCAUCUUGCUAUGCAUCCUCAUAUGACUGUUUAUGCAAUUGGUGAGAUCGGAGCAAAAAAGAUUUUGAAGUCGGGGGGUUAUAAGGCGUGA